AUGUUUUACGGUUUUCUUUCUUUCUUUCUUUCUUUCUUUCUUUCUUUCUUUCUUUCUUUCUUAAUAUCUCUUUCUCCACUAUUUAUUUAUACCUUUUUAUUUCUCAAUAUCUCCGCACUAUUUAUAUAUUUAAAACUUUUUUCUUUUCUUUCUUUCUUUCUUUCUUUCUUUCUUUCUUUCUUUCUUUCUUUCUUUCUUUCUAGGGAAUUAUUUUCUUUUAUUUGUUUUCUUUUCUCAUAUUUCUUUCUUUCUUUCUUUCUUUCUUUCUUUCUUUCAUUCUUUCCUAAAAUCUCCCUCCGUAUUAUUUAUUUAUACGUGUUUUUCCUUCUCAAUAUCUCGCACUAUUUAUUUAUUUAUUACUUUUCUUUCUUUUCUUUUCUUUCUUUUUUCUUUCAUUUUCUUUCUUUAAUAUUAUUUUACUUUCGCAUUUCUGUUUCCCAUGAUUUAAUUUCCUUUUAUUCUACUUUUCGUUCAUUCAUUCUUGCUUCUCGUCUUCUCUUCCUUUCUAUGUUUCUCUUCUCUUUUCUCUUUUUUCCUUGCAAUUUUCUUUCUUUUUCUUCAGUUUAUCGCUGUCAUUCCUCUUCCCGCUCUUCUUUCUUCUCUUACUCGUUUUCAUUUGUUACUCCUCUUCUUCUUCUUUAA